CCUCACGCUCUAACUCGAAACAAGAUGGCGUCUCGUCACUCUGUCUUAGUGAGAAAGUGUGUGAGCUGCAGCAGUCCUGCUCCAGCAGAGCCUCUGUGUGUCUCAUAAAGUGUCUGAAGGGACUUUGUGCUCUUCAGCUUCUCCCUGAAGGUUUUACCUCGGACUCCUCUCCUACACAGCUCGUGAAGUUAGCUUAGCAUGCUAGCUGCAGCACAGCGCUAGUCAGAGUGGAAGUUUGAUGGAGAGCAAACGGUUUCUAACGGAGUGUGUGGAGAAAAAGUCUCUGACAUUCAGUCAAAAUGUGUAAAGUCCAAAUGCUGAGAGCGUUGGUGAAGCAGCGACUAACUGCGGCUGCUGAAGAGAUAUUUGUGCUGUUUGAAAGAACGAUAGCAGAGUACGAGGAGGAACUGUGUCGUUCAAAAGAGGAGAACGAGCGACAACGGAAACUACUGGACGCUGUGCUCAAGCCUCAGCUUCGGUUACACAGAGCAGACGUGAAGCAGCUGCUGCUGGUUAAAGAAGAGGUUCCCCCUGAGCAGCAGGAGUGGAGCUCCAGUCUGUACCAGGAGGACCCAGAGCCCCCCCCACACAUUAAAGAGGAACAGGAGGAACUCUGGAGCAGUCAUGAGGGAGAGCAGCUUCAAGGGCUGGAGGAGGCUGAUAUCACCAAGUUCACAUUCACUCCUGUCCCUGUGAAGAGUGAAGAUGAUGAAGAGAAACCUCAGUCCUCACAGCUUCAUCAAAGACAAACUGAACACAUGGAAACAGGAGCUGAUGGAGAGGACUGUGGAGGACCAGAACCAGCCAGGAACUCAGAUCCAGAGACACAUUUACAGCCAGAUACUGAGGACAAGACUGGAGACUCUUCUGACACUGAUGACAGUGAGGAUUGGAAGGAGACCAGAGAACCUCCGUCAGGUUUAAACUCUCUAGGAAAUGAAGAAGUCCCCAUCAGUGAUUCCAGAAGUAGUGCUGGAGAGAAACCAUUCAGCUGCUCUGAGUGUUGGAAAAGAUUUGGUCGCAAUGAACAUCUGAAGAUCCACAUGAAAACUCACACAGGAGAGAAACCAUUCAGCUGCUCUCAGUGUGGGAAAAUCUUUGGCACCAAGGGGAGUCUGAAGAGACACAACAAAACGCAUACAGGAGAGAAACCAUUCAGCUGCUCUCAGUGUGGGAAAAGAUUUGGUCGCAAUGAACAUCUGAAGAUUCACAUGAAAACUCACACUGGAGACUCUUAUGAACCUGAUGACAGUGAGGAUUGGAAGGAGACCAAAGAACCUCCGUCAGGUUUAAACUCUUUGGAAAAUGACGUCCCCGUCAGUGAUUCUAGAAGUAGUGCUGGAGAGAAACAAUUCAGCUGCUCUCAGUGUGGGAAAAGAUUUGGUCGCAAUGAACAUCUGAAGAUCCACAUGAAAACUCACACGGGAGAGAAACAAUUCAGCUGCCGUGUUGUAGAGGACUGUGGAGGACCAGAACCAGCCAGGAACUCAGAUCCAGAGACACAUUUACACCCAGAUACUGAGGAGAAGACUGGAGACUCUUAUGAACCUGAUGACAGUGAGAAUUGGAAGGAGACCAAAGAACCUCCGUCAGGUUUAAACUCUUUGGAAAAUGACGUCCCCGUCAGUGAUUCUAGAAGUAGUGCUGGAGAGAAACAAUUCAGCUGCUCUCAGUGUGGGAAAACAUUUGGCUCCCAGGGACAACUGAACAGACACAUGAGAAUUCACACAGGAGAGAAAACUUACAGCUGCUCAGUUUGUAAGAAAUCUUUUAAAUCGAGUGGUCAGCUGAAGAAACAUAUGGUAGUUCACACAGGAGAGAAACCUUUCAGCUGCAGUGUUUGUAACAAAAGAUUCACUCGGCGUUAUUGGAUCAAAACACAUCACUGUGCUGGUCAUCAGUCCUCUCAGCUUCAUCAGAGUCAAACUGAGAACAAAGUCCCCCUCAGUAGUGAGAGACAUGACACUGCAGAGAAACCCUUCAGCUGCUCUGACUGUGGGAAAAUCUUUGGCCAGAACCACCAUCUGAAGAGACACAGGAGAUCUCACACAGGAGAGAAACCCUUCAGCUGCUCAGUCUGUGAGAAACGUUUUGCACGGAGAGAAACUUUACAGAAACACAUGAAUACUCACACGGGAGAGAAAUUGUUUGAUUGCUCAGUUUGUGAUAAAAAAUGUUUGCGCAAGGCACAUCUGAAGAGACACAUGAAGACUCAUGCAGGAGAGAAACCCUUCAGCUGCUGAGUGUGUGGAAAAGAUUUACAGUAAGUCUGACACGACAAAUGAUCUCUGCAGAAACACAGUGGAAUCUACUCGAGAGAAACCGUAUAGUUGUUCAGUUAGUGAUAAAAGAGUCACUUGACCGCCUCCUGUACAGAAACAUCAGUGAGCUGCUGAGGAAGCAGGAAGUAAAUGAAGCUGCAGACGCUUGUUGGCUCCAUUUCUCCAGCAGGAAGGAAGAACUGAGGGCGAGACUUCAAAAUGAGACGAAGCUACUCAACCAUCUAAGUUAUGUUGUUAUUUGUGUUGUGGUUAUUUUGUUGUUUUCCGUGCACACUGUGGUAUUUUAUGUUUUCAACGUUUUUUACUCUUCGGCCACAUUUCACUUUGUUGUUGUUGCUUUACUGCAGAGACUGAAGUUUCACUAUAAUGUAAAAAGUAAGUUUUAUUGUUUACAUCCUCAUUUCUUCUUCUACACGCCCGCAGCUGGUCUUUGAUACAUCCGAGUGAUUCUGUUGCAUAUUCAGCAGACUUCAGUUCCAGUUUUGAUGUGCUGAAUAUUUAAUAUUUUGUUUACAGAUUAGUCUCCGGCGGCCCUGAAGGUGUGUCUGCAUGAAGACAUUACUCUCUGUUUGUAAAAGCUUUGACCUUCAGGGCUAGGGUUACCUAACCGUAUUUCUUUCUGUUUAAUCCAUAUUUUCUAGAACAACUAUUGUACAGUAACAGUUUUCUGCUGAACUUCUGUGUAUGCGCUGUUUCCACCAGAACUGCAGUUUAAGGUUGUUUUGUUAAUAUUUGACAGAAUGUGUGUUGCUUAUGAAACACUUGUUUUGUAUACAGCGCUAUUAUAAUUUACUAAACCUUUUCCCCACAAACCUGCGAAAUGUCCCGUCAUUUCCUUUAAAUUACUUUGUUUGAGGCCAGAAAAGGGAAAAUGAUCAAAUUCCCCAGAGAAGCAAAACAAUAUAAAUAUGAAUGUGUGCAGCAGAAUGAAGUUGAAAAACGUGCGCAGUAGCAAAUGACUUCCUGUUACGAUGUCAUGAUUAUGGAAAAUAUUGUUUGUGAUCUAUGUAAAUAAAUGCAGGAGGAAGUUUUCCUUCAGUAAGUUACACAUUCAAAAGGUUUUUCUUUGUACAGAUUUGUGUUCUGUGUUAAUUCCAGUCAUUUACAUCCAGCUGUUUCCACCAGAACUGCAGUUUAAGGUUGUUUUGUUAAUAUUUGACAGAAUGUGUGUUGCUUAUGAAACACUUGUUUUGUAUACAGCGCUAUUAUAAUUUACUAAACCUUUUCCCCACAAACCUGCGAAAUGUCCCGUCAUUUCCUUUAAAUCACUUUGUUUGAGGCCAGAAAAGGGAAAAUGAUCAAAUUCCCCAGAGAAGCAAAACAAUAUAAAUAUGAAUGUGUGCAGCAGAAUGAAGUUGAAAAACGUGCGCAGUAGCAAAUGACUUCCUGUUACGAUGUCAUGAUUAUGGAAAAUAUUGUUUGUGAUCUAUGUAAAUAAAUGCAGGAGGAAGUUUUCCUUCAGUAAGUUACACAUUCAAAAGGUUUUUCUUUGUACAGAUUUGUGUUCUGUGUUAAUUCCAGUCAUUUACAUCCAGCUGUAGAUAUUGUUAAUGAAAUGUAUAGAUUUAGAAAUAUGAAUAUCGUCUUGACAUUAUGUGGACAGCAGCUCACAGAU